UCUGCUAAUGCAGGGGAACCGAACCAGGCGGGGAGAGCUCGAAGCUCACAGCUAUGGCGCCCACUUCAACAACGGCAUUCGCCCAUUCAAUCCCCAGGUUAGCUUCGGCGUCAAGGCUGAAGCUUCCAUUCAUUUGCCACGGACCCAUUUCAUGUUCUUCUUCUUCACUUGUCGCCGCUCGCUUCCUCCGCAACUGCGUCCUGCAAGAGCCUGCCCAGGACAUGUCAACUUACAGGGAGAAGUUCUCCCAGAGAAUGGCCAUGGCGGGGCUCAAACCCCACCACCGGAUUGCUCUGGGUGUGUCAGGAGGCCCUGAUAGUAUGGCACUUUGUGUGCUGGCUGCUGCUUGGAAAACCGCUGGCCCCGAUUCCACUACUAGAACCAACGGGUUUAUUGAUGGGCUGUUGGCAAUAAUUGUCGAUCAUGGGCUUCGCUUGGAGAGUGGGGAGGAAGCCAAAACUGUGCAGCAACGGGUUUCUGACAUUGGAAUCAGAUGUGAGAUUGCCCGUUGUGAGUGGACUGAUGGGAGGCUGAAACAAGGGCACCUGCAAGAAGAAGCCAGGGAAAUGAGGUAUCAAAUAUUUCAGAGACUUUGCAAUCAACAACAGUUCGGUGUCCUUCUUAUUGCACAUCAUGCAGAUGACCAGGCCGAAUUGUUUAUUAUUAGGUUAUCACGCAAUAGCGGCGUGCUUGGACUUGCUGGCAUGGCUUUGACCUCAGAAUUGUUCUCCAAAUUCAUGCACUCUCGUAUUAUGGACUUGAAUCAUGGGAUUCUUGUAGUUCGACCCCUUCUGGAUUUCACCAAAGAAGACUUAUAUGAGAUAUGUCGAGCGGAUCGGCUGGACUGGGUAGAAGAUCCGACAAAUCGAAGUCCAUCAUAUGUCCGUAACAGGAUUAGAAUGUCCUUGCAAAAUUUCUCAUCUACAAGCACCUUCAUGUCCGAACUGCAAGCUCUCAUCUCUGCUUGUCGAAGAACGCGCAUAUAUGUAGACAAAACUUGCUCUGACCUGAUAAGCCGGUCUCUAACUAUCACGGAUCUCGGGUAUGCAGUCAUUGAUCUACCAGUCCUCAAUGCUUCGAAAGUUGAUGAUAUAUCGUUGGCAAAAUUUUGUUCUAUAGUUGUACAGUUCAUCUCACAAAGGCAUCGACCAGUUCGAGGUAGCACUUCAAAGUUGCUACUGAAUUACAUCCGUACAUUUCCAUGCAAGACUUCCCUUACUGCUGCUGGUUGUUACCUUUCUCCUGCUCCGGGAUCUAAAGGCACUAAGGUCCUCGUCUGUUGUUCAGUCAACUGCCCUUUGCCUUCGAAAACAGAACUGUUCUGUUUGGAAGAUAGCAAAGAAGACCAUGAAGAUGAUUUCAUCUCAAACGAAUUGCAGGGAAUUAUUGAUCUUGCAAAUUCAUAUUCAGAUCUCUAUUGUCCCGAUGCAUCAGAUGUGCGAUUUCUAGAUACCUCAAGUUCAGUUCUAACUGAAGCCAAAAGACUGAACAUGAUCAGUGAGUCUACCUAUAGAAGUAUUCUCUCAAUGCAGGAGGAAGAAAUGAAACGAUUCAAGCCCAAGUAUGAUUCUGAUUAUGAGCGAAAAUCACUUGUGGGAUCUGCCAACUCUUCUGAGGCCAAACUGCUAGAACCAGGUCAGACGGGAAAAUUCAUGAACAGAUUCAGUAUUUCGUGGAGAUGGCAUGAGGAAUUUGCUGGUAAUUGCUGUAGAUCAUGUCUGGUCGGGCAGAACAAGGUAGCUGUGAAGGUUCGCCACAUGGAGGAGCGUGAUUGGCUGUAUCUCUCUCAGCUGUCGAGAGAUCAGAGUUCAGAAAACGGUUUGGCCAAGUCAUGUUUAGACCGUGCGAUAUCAGCAGGUCAUUGUCUCAGAUUUUUGAAAGCUCUUCCUGCGGCUGCUCGGAAGAGCUUGCCUGUCCUAGUCGAUUCCGAUGGACUUCUGCUAAGCAUCCCGAUUAUUGGCUUCAAACAUUGCCCUUUAUUGGAGGUAUCAUGCAAGUGGAAGCCAACAGUGCCACUUGGAGGAGGACACAGUUCGUUUAUUUAAUCAUCCUUCUGCAGAAAUUAACUCCUUUUCAGCAAUGAGCAUAUUGUAACCUCGGUUUAGAUAGUUGCCUCAGUGAAAAAGUAGACUCGAGAAAUAGGAGGAACCCCGAUUUUGUAGCUUCCAUUCUACGAUUCAACCCGAACCCAAUGUGGAAUGUAUGAAUACAUAAGAAGUCAUAAUUUUGAUUAACAUUGACACGAGUGUCCUUGUAAAUUCUCUCAUUGUAACAUUGACAUAAUCAUCCGCAGGGUAAAUUCUGUCA